AUGGCUAAGGAUAUUUUACCAGGGCUAAGGAAAACUCUAACUCUUAAUCUGAAGACCAACGGCUUCUGGCGCCUUCUGGAUCACCAUUGGUCGGAGAGGAGAGUUGCUGACUACGGUGGCUCCGGCCAUUGCUGGUUGGAAAACAGUGGCUUCGGCCUAUGCAAGUUGGACUACGGUGGCUUCGGCUUAUGCAGGUUGGACUACGGUGGCUUCGGCCUAUACAGGUUGGACUAUAGUGGCUUCGGCCAAUGCCGAUUGGACUACGGUGGCAUCGGCCAAUGCUGGUUGGACUACAGUGGCUUCUGCCUAUGCAGGUUAGACUACAGUGGCUUAGGCCAAUGCUGGUUGGACUACGUUGGCUUCGGAAUAUGCAGGUUGGACUACGGUGGCUUCGGCCAAUGCUGGUUGGACUACAGUGGCUUCGGCCUAUGCAAGUUAGACUACAGUGGCUUCGGCCAAUGCUGA